AUGGCGUCUUGGAAUUCAGUUCAUCUUGAGAUUCUGUACAACGUUCUUGGAUGGGUCGCCUUCGUCUCUUGGUCCAUCAGUUUCUACCCUCAAGUCAUCCUCAAUUUUCGAAGGAAAAGCGUGGUGGGAUUGAAUUUCGAUUUUAUAAUACUCAAUUUGACCAAGCACUCGUCGUACCUGAUUUACAACGCUUCACUGUUCUUUAGCUCGGCCGUUCAGAGGCAGUACCGUGAGAAAUUUGGUUUCAAUCAGAUGAUACCAGUUGCUGCUAAUGAUGUGGCUUUCUCCAUGCACGCUGUCUUACUGACUGCCUUUACCUUGUUUCAGAUUGUAAUUUAUGAUCGUGGAAACCAGAAAAUCUCCAAAGUCUCGAUUGGAAUUGUUUCUGCAGCUUGGUUAUUUGCUGCGGUUUGUGUCUGUAUUGCUAUACCGAAACAUUCAUGGUUGUGGCUGGUCUCCUUUUGCUUCAACGAUAUUCAGGUUGUUAUGACGAUCAUCAAAUACAUUCCUCAGGUCGUCUUGAAUUUCCGGCGAAAAAGCACAGUUGGGUUUAGCAUCGGCAACAUAUUGCUCGAUUUCCUCGGAGGGGUGACUAAUUAUUGCCAGAUGGCUGUUCAAUCCAUAGACCAAAAUUCAUGGGUGAACUUCUAUGGAAACAUUGGAAAGACAAUGAUAUCAUUAGUUUCAAUCUUCUUCGAUAUACUCCUCAUAAUCCAGCAUUACGUGCUGUAUCGCCCCAAGAAAAAUGGCAUCCAUUCGGACCCAAAUGUGGAGUUCAUUCAUCCAUUAUUGAUUUUCAAAAUUGAUAAUAAUGUAGCGCACCCGCGAAAUGAGAAAUAA